CAUAGUCAGGGGUAUUCAAGAGGACGUUAUUGGAACUUUCGGACUCAUUAUUUAUAAGUAAUAUACUUGGAACACAACUAUUAUGUUAUUAAAGAUCCGCAUAUAUUUAACGCAUAGUUUUACCGUAGUUAACAUAAGUCGAUUUAAUAUAAGUUCGCGUUCUAUUUAAUUAUAUAAUAUAAAUCACAAAAAUAACUAUUAAAUUAUUUUUUAAAGAGAUGUUAAUUAAAUUUUUUGUUAUUUAGUGAAGCAGCUAUUAUCUAUGAUAAAGAAUUUCAUACUGUUGGGCGUAAAAUACAGUUAAUUCCUUUAAUAGCACGUGCAGUGGCACGUCAGUGGUUCGGUGAUGUGAUCAGUCCAUCUUCGUGGUCUCAUUUAUGGGUGAAUGAUGGUCUAGCAGGAUUCUUCGCAAUUCAAGCCAUCACUGAGUUUUCUCCAAAAGGGAAGAUGAACAAAUUAUUUGCAAUGUUGAUUCAGCAUGAAUCUCUCCAUUUAGAUACUAAUGGCUGUAUGCAACAUCUUGCAAUACACACUAAACAGGAAUAUGAAGUUAAAUCUUUUAUGUCUUUUCCUAUUUACGUCAAAGCGCCUGCCAUAAUACGCAUGUUGCAAUACAUUAGUAGCAAAGAUAUAUAUCAAUUUAUAAAAAUAAUCCGGGAAUACUUUAAAGUGCAUCAGCUUCAGACAGUGACAGCCAACGAUUUAUGGGCAAUUAUAGAUAAAGAUAAUUCUAGUAAACUUCGUGAUCACACUAAUCCUACAUAUAACAUCCCCAACUUAAAAAAACUAAUGCAUACCUGGAUAAAAGAGAUGCAUUAUCCUGUACUAAAAGUGAUACGAAAUUAUCAUAAUAACAUGGUGAUGAUGUUGCAAGAAAACCACAACAUACUAGACAGAAAUCAAUGGUGGAUACCCGUAACUUAUACCACGCAAACAGAACUUGAGUUUACUGAUAUUUUGCCGAAACUAUGGCUACAACCAGGUGUUCAAAAUUUAAUCAUUGAGGAAACUGUACAAAAGAAUGAAUGGAUUAUAGCCAAUUUACAACAAGCUGGAUACUAUCGCGUCAAUUACGAUCCCACAAAUUGGCGAUUAAUCAUCGAUUAUCUAAAUCAUGAGGAUUAUUGGAAAAUAGAUGUCCUUAAUCGUGCUCAAAUCAUUGAUAAUGCAUAUCACCUUAUGACGAUACAGCAACUUGAUUAUGACAUAUUCUUAAAUCUCACGAAUUACUUAUCACAAGAGAUGGAUUAUGUAGCAUGGUAUCCUAUGUUGAAAAUUCUUGAAUAUCUAUCGCCUUUCUUACCACUUGAAGAAAGUACACCUUUAAAGGAUCACAUGUUGAAGAUUCUAAACAAGAUUCUUGCGAACAUAAAAUAUGAAGAACUUGAGGAUGAAGACUAUUUUACCAUAUGUUUAAGGCAAGAACUUGCAAAAUGGGCAUGUAUUCUUGAUGAUCCUUAUUAUAAACAAUUAGCUAACACUAGAUUAACACAACAUCUCGAAGAUCCUGUGCAGAACAAAUUAUUAUCUGGUUGGAAGGAAUGGACAUACUGCAAUGGACUAAACAUAGCGAGCAAAAUUACUUGGCUGAAAUUUUGGAACGCAUACACGAAAUUGUCUAAUAAUAGAAUGUUACAUAUAAUUUCAUGUUCAGGAGGCUUUGCAAAUCCCAAUUUACAAUUAAAUACAAAAGCAUUAAAACAUGUAACAAAGUCAUUCCGACUACAUGAAUGUAUUAAUCUUUUUUAUUUCGUUAUUACGAUGAAUGAAAAAGAUUUGGACAGUACCUUAGCAAAUCUUGGGAAUCACAUAGUUUAUUGCAAAAAUACGUCUGACGAUAUAAUUAAAGUCAUAACUGUUAUCAUCAAUCAUUUAUACUUCGAGUAUCAACUUUUGAAGGUACUGAAUUUUGUGAACUGCAAUGUAAAUGCAAAGCGACAUAUUGCACAUAUAAAGCACACAAUACUUACACGUGAAUAUUAUAUCAAGAUUCACAAGAUGACGUUUUUGAAGAUUAUUAAGAACUGGAUUUGAAUUAAAAAUUAAUUCAGUCAAUGGAAAAUUAAUCUGCCAUAUUUAUGUGCAUACAACUGCAUUACGAAUAACUUUUUAUAUUAAUAUUAAUUUUUAAUUAUUUGUUAUGAAUUUUGUUAUAGUUAUAUCGUUUCUUAUUCUUGUUUUCAUUAAUUUUAAAGUUGUUUUACAUGUACCUAUAAAAUAGUUUUAUUUAAAUUCUGUUACAUUUCUGUUACAUGUUUUUAUUAUGUUAUUACAUAAUGUUUUAUAUAAUAGCAAGAUAAACUAUUGCACGAUCGUAAUAUUACGUAAAUUAUUUCUCCAAUCUUUGUUUUAUAAUAAACUUUAUUAAGCGUUACUUAAUGCAUUAUAAUAAUUUUUAAACAUUAUGAAAAUCAAAAAUGUUGAACUUAUAAUAUUCAAUAUUAAAGUUAUUAGCUAGCAACAUUCUAUUGAAUUCUACUAAAUAAUUCUACUAUAAAUUUGUAAAACC